UGUGAUGCGUGUCCUGCCCACGGAUCCAUGUUUUCCUCCGUUGCUGUGUCUUUUUACUUGUAGAGGGAAAGCGCCGCUCAGCAGAAAACAGUCUGGAUUUUUUUGCACAGAAAGAAUAUGGCCAAGGCCAAGGUUGCAGUUGUUGGUGCUGGGCUGAUUGGUCUCUCCACCGCUGUCUGCAUUUCAGAAUCUAUUCCAAGCUGCAGUGUGACCGUAAUUGCUGACAAAUUCACUCCCAACACGACCAGUGAUGUAGCAGCUGGGAUGCUUAUUCCACAUAUUUUCCCAGAUACACCAGUUCAUCAACAGAAGCAGUGGUUUAGGGAGACCUUUGACUACCUUUCAGGGAUCUGUAAUUCCUCGCAGGCUUCUGAGGCUGGAAUUCAUUUGGUAUCUGGCUGGCAGAUCUUUAAAACUAUUCCUGAGAAGAAAACACCAUUCUGGUCUGAUGUCGUGCUGGGGUUUCGCUCAAUGACUGAAAAGGAGAUGAAGAAAUUUCCACAGCACAAAUUUGGUCAGGCCUUUACUACACUCAAAUGUGACUGCCCACCCUACCUUCUUUGGUUAGAGAAAAGGCUGAAAGAAAAUGGAGGCUAUGUACAUGUUAGAAAAAUUGAAGACCUAUGGGAACUGCACAGUGACUAUGACAUCAUAGUGAACUGCUCUGGCAUUGGCUCUCGAAAGCUCAUGCGUGACCGGGAGAUACACCCCAUCAGAGGCCAAGUUCUUAAAGUUCAUGCCCCUUGGAUCAAACACUUCAUUCGUGAUGGGGAUGGAUUAACAUACAUCUAUCCAGGGAUACAUGAUGUAACUUUAGGGGGGACAAGGCAAAAAGACAACUGGAAUCUGUCCCCGGAUCCCAGUACCAGUAAAGGCAUCUUUGACCGAUGUUGUGCUCUUGAACCUUCACUUCACACAGCUCAGGAUGUAAAAGCGAGGGUAGGCCUCAGGCCAUCCAGGUCAUCCGUCAGACUACAGAAAGAGAUAUUGGUCCGAGGCAGUGAGAAGCUACCAGUAGUCAACAAUUAUGGGCAUGGCAGUGGUGGCUUUUCAGUGCAUCAAGGUACAGCCAAAGAGGCAACUCGGUUGAUUAAAGAGUGCAUUGCAGUGCUGGAAAUGUCCAGGUGUAAGGCAAAACUGUAAACUCUAAGGGGAUCUCUCUCUCUCUUUGUAAUUAGUAACAUAAUUGGUUUAGAAUUUUCUGAAACAAAAGUCUGGAAGAGAUAGAUCAUUCAGCACUUGCUGGCCACCAAAUGAUGGUGAGAACUAAUGCUGUUGAGUAGGGUUGUGCUUGGAGGGCUGUGAGGCCAGAUGAAAGCUUUGCCUAUAUUGUUUAGUCUGUAACAGCUCAUUCAAAGAUGUCAGCUGCCACUGCAGUUGUCAUUAAGUGAUGAAUCUGCACAAGUGAACAACCUCUUCAUUCUCCCAUCACCACUAAUUCUUUCGUUAAAUUUUAUUUUUAUAAUUAUAUACAUGUAAAAAUAAUAAAACUAACUUUACAAAGAAAUAUCAACAACAAAAAUAAUGACACAUCAUGUAUCACACUUUUCCUUGCACUAACUGUAACAGUUACAUAUAGUUAAAUCUAAAUUUAAAAUUUGUCAUAAAUAAGCCAAAAAGGGUUUCCAUAUUACCAAGAAACAAGUUUUCUGUUGUCUGUCAUCUUUCAGGGAGACAUUCUCACUUAGUGUCAACCAUUUUGCAAUCUGCCAAUCUUUAUUAACUUAGUUUUUUAUAGUUUUUUGGGACCUUACGUUUUGGGCAGGGGGAGCGGAAGUUUUAAAAUAUGAAUGACUUCUGCAAUACCCCCCCCCAUUUUCUACUACAGGACAUGCCCACAUCAUGUGCAAAUAAGCUGCAGACCUAAAAAACACACAGCAUUUAUUGGAAGUUGUCUUAAAGCAUUUAUUCAACCUCUAGGGUAUAUAAGAUACCAUAGAUAAACUAAUUUAUUAAAAACCCUCUUAGACAUUAAUGCAAAUCGCCUUUGCAGGGCCAGUGACAAAUACUGACUUUCAUUCAGACAUGACACAAUUCAAUAUCAGUUCCAAUGUUUAAGAAGAUCAGAUUUGUCUAUCAUGUAACUCAGUCAGCCGAAAUAAAAUACUUUUAAUAAGCCCUUUGAUUCUGUAGUAUUGUACAUCUAAGGAAUGUCAAAGAGUACUCGGUUGGUGAUUUUUUAUUGGAGAUAACGUAUGCAAUAGAAAGUAUUGAAACCAAACCAUUGAUGGCAUUUGUAAUUCUAAAAAAGUUAUAUGAUGCUCACUGUGUUGGACAUUAAUAAACCAUGUAUAAUUUCACCAACUUGAGGUGGAUUUAGGUGGAUGCAAAAUAUGACAAUGGUUAUAUAUAAACACAUAUGUGUUCUUGUUUAUAUAGUUUAGUCAAUUUAAUAUACCAAGGUAGAAUUUUAAAACUAUCAUGUUUUCAUUGAUAUUAUAGAUAAAAUCUACUUGUAUGUCCCUGCUGAAAUGUCAUUUCAGUUUCUAAAAUUUAAUUUUAAAUUUUUAAAUUUAAUUUUAGUUGCAAAAUCAUAUACAAUAAACACGAAACAUAAUUGGUAUCAAUCUUCCAAUAAACCAUUAACACCAUUGUUGUUAUUUACAUUCAGGUUAGAGAUUCUGAAUAAAAUGUCAUUUCAGUUUUGAUGCUUGAUAAUACACCAUAAUAUUAGGGCACUGCACACCUCCAUCACUUUUGGCUUUUGAAACCCAUCAGGUUUUUUUAAGUCAGUCUAAUGAACUUAGAUAGUAUCCUGUGCCAACUGGGAUCAAAAUUGGGAGCAGACAAAAACAAUUUUGGGGAUGUAACUUUGUAUCUUUAUUCUUGCCAUCCUACCAAACCAAGAUAGUUGAAGCUCAGACCAGCUAUGUAAUUCUUCUUUAAUUUGGCUCCACAAUUGUAUGUAAUUAUUUGCAAAUAAAUCUGCCACAUUCUAUAGCUGCCAUAUUACAAAAUAUCUUAUCAGAUCAACGGACUCUAUUAUAACAAAAUUAGAUUUCCUUUUUGGCAUUAACUAUAUUCAAUCCUAACAAUAUUUUGUUUACUGUGUGUCUGUAAACUUUCCCAUAAUCCUGUAUAUAGAAUAAACUGCUUUAUUCAGUACCA